UCGCGUCGCCUCAAAGGACAGACAGGCCAGAAGACCCUUUUUUCUGGAAGCAGCCAACUCCUCGACCUUGCUUCGCACGACCUGCACAGUCCCAGUCGCCACAGCUUCAUCGCGACAAUCUCAGCUGCUCCUGUAGCUCUUCAGUCUUAUCCUACCACUCCUUGCCCGCGACUCGCAGGCCCCACGGCAAGAUGGACGCGCCGGAGCCCGACCAGACCCCCUUCGCCAGCGUCACGGCGCACACGUCCAAGAUUCAAAGACAUUACCAAGCUCUCCUGGAUCGGUCGACGCCCUUUGUGCUGUACCGAUGGGUCGGCACCGGCGUCGCACUGCUCCUCUUCUUCCUGCGCAUCUUCGUUGCUCAGGGGUGGUAUAUCGUCGCCUACGCUCUGGGCAUCUACUUGCUCAACCUCUUCCUCGCCUUCCUCCAACCCAAGUUCGAUCCUUCCAACGAUGCGCUCGACAACGAGAUGGAGGAUGGCUCAGUCGGCACCCUCCCGACGAAGCAGGACGAGGAGUUCAAGCCCUUUAUUCGCCGCCUCCCCGAGUUCAAGUUCUGGUACUGGGCCACGCGCGCUGUUACCAUCUCCUUCUUCUGCACAUUUUUUGAGAUCUUCAAUGUGCCCGUCUUCUGGCCCGUCCUGGUCAUGUACUGGCUGAUACUUUUUGUUCUGACGAUGCGAAAGCAGAUUCAGCACAUGAUCAAGUACCGCUACGUUCCCUUUACCGUUGGCAAGAAGAGCUACCGCAAGGAUAACUCGUAAGCGCUUCCACGGGCAGACAAAUAGAGCGCGCGACGCUUUGGACACCUGCAUGUACAAUAUGAUAUGCCGGCCGCCUAAACGGUCACGGGGUUGGUAAAGAGUGCAGCGACGACAGUGCACCAGCGCGUCGGCGACGCGACCAUCGCGAGGUCGGACAUUAGGGAAUAGGGUCAUAUAGACGGCUUGGGCUGGGUGGCGAGAUUGGUGCCGGAGCCUGGUCUUGGAGAUGAUUCAUUAAUGAACAAGCAAUGUUUGAAUGACCAGGCGACACCGAGUCGCAGCAUAAGCAGAGAUCGUAACGGAAGCGGAAGCCAGGCAUUGCAGCGCUCGGGGCCUUUCGGGCGAACCGUGGGACCGAGUAGCGCGGCCAUUCGUCGUUCUUCUAUGAAUUUACAUUGCAAAGUGCUCUGCUGGCCAUAUCUG